AUGAGAGCUCUGAUCUGGACCGGAAGCCAAGCAAGAGUCGUCAAUGAUCGACCCAGGACAAGCCUUCGCGACGACUAUAUCUUGAUUAAGACCGCGGCCGUAGCACUGAACCCAACAGACGCCAAAGCAAUGGCACAAGGCCGGGCCGCUACGAAUGGCCUCUUAGGUUGUGACUUCGCUGGCGUGGUUAUCGAGGUCGGCAAAGCAGUCACCAAGUCAUGGAAACCAGACGAUCGAGUUUUUGGAUGCGCACAUGGCGCCAACUUCAACAAUGCUGAGGACGGAGCAUUCGCGGAAGUCAUCGCGGCGAAGGGAGAUACGUGUAUGAGGAUCCCUGAUCAUCUGGGCUUUGAGGAGGCCUGCACGUUGGGAGUUAGUGUUUUGACGUGCGGGCAGGGGUUGUUUCAGGAGAUGAUGUUGGAUCUGCCUUCUCCUGUCGGUGAGAGGAUGAAGCGAGGUGAACAUAUCUUGAUAUAUGGUGGGAGUUCGUCGUCGGGUAUGGUCGCCAUUCAGCUCUGUACAAUAGCGGGCUACACGGUCCUCACCACAUGCUCACCAGCCAACGCCGCCCUCUGCAAGUCCCUCGGCGCAGAAGCAGUCUUCGACUACCACGACCCCGACUGCGCAAAGCAGAUAUCAGACUACACUCAUGGUCAACUAAGACUCGCCUGGGAUACGAUCGGCUCUGCCUCAAGCACUGAGAUUUGCAUGCGUGCGCUCACUCAGCAGCCAGGAGCAAAGUACGGCACCAUCCUCUUCAAUGAGAUCCCACGAGGGGAUGUGCAAUAUUCGAGCUCGUUCUUGAUGACAUUCCUCGGCGAGUCGUUUGACAAGUUUGGGAAACAUAUGCCUGGAAGGGCGGAGCACUUCGAAUUUGCGAAGCAAUUUACUGAGUUGGUUGACGAGUUGCUGGAGCAACGACUACUGAGGCCGUUACCUAUAAGAUCGUGUCCUGGUGGACUUGAGGGGAUUCUGGAGGGUGUGAAGUUGAUUGAUACUGGGAAAGUGAGUGGGUGUAAGUUGGUCGUCAAGAUUGAUGAGACCGAAUAG